AUGUCUAAUCUUAAGCAUCAAUUUAAAAUUCUAAGCAUAACUGGGGAGAACUUCAUAACCUGGAACAACAAUUUAAUAGAGUACCUUUCAUGUGAGGGACUUAACAAAAUCCUUGAAGGAGACAAUUCUGGAAAAACAACAGAUGACCCAGAAGAAAUGGAAAAGAAAAAGUCAAAAGUGAACAGAAUAAUAAAGCACCAUCUUGACGAUGGAUUGCAAACAGAAUACUCAAAUGCUAAAGAUCCCAAGAUUUUAUGGGACAAAAUUAAAGCAAUAUUUGGACAUCAGAAGAAAAUUAUAGCAAAGCUAGAAUUUUGUGGCAAAACUAUAAAUGAAAAAGAAAAGUUGGAAAAAACUUUUUCAACUUUUCAUGCAUCUCAGGUAUUAUUGCAACAACAAUAUAGAAUGAGGGAAUACACUGAGUAUUUUGAUUUAGUUGCAGCCCUUCUGGUGGUAGAACAAAAUAACGAGCUCCUUAUAAAAAACCACCAGGCACGACCCACAGGAACAAUGUCAUAUCCUGAAAUUAAUGCCAAGAUCUUUAAUCGUGGGCGCGGUGGCUUUAAUCGUCUUAAGAGACGUGGUGGUCAUGUUCGUUCUGAUGGUAACAAUGGUCAUGCUCGUUCUGAUGGUCAAAAUCAAGGAGGAUAUCAUGGUUGA